AUGAGUUUAAGGGCUGAAUUAGCAGGAGCUCAUUUGAGAGGUACCUCAUUGAUCUUCUGGUCACUUAAUCGUUCCUUGACAGCCCAAGCUGUAAUUCGUAUAUCUCCCACUAUGUUCAAUCAAUAUGUUUUGGAUUUGCCUCUUUACGCAGCAGCUAUGACUCAGCCAAAGAGUAUAAACUGUGGUGUCAAAAUAAAGAAUAUGCAAAGUAUUCUGCGUCGAGAUAAAAACUCUGCAGAACCUCUGGAUUGGUGUCUACUUAGCUUGGUAGAUAUGACAGCUUAUAGAAAUGAAAUCACAUCUGAAAAUCCUCCUGAACCUAGCCUCCAGAUCGACUUGGUGCGCCUAAGAGAUGUUACAAAAAGACACUCGCUUUGGUUACUCGAAUCUGAACCACUUCAGUUUAUAUAUAAUAAGCCCACUCGAUACAGCUUUCUCGUAAAUCCAACUGUGUUAGAAGAUUGUCUGAAAAACUUUCUCGUGCGUCUUCCGGAAAUAACUCUAGAAUGUUCAAGAGAAAUGGUAAAAGUAAAGUCGCACUGGGGUGAUGUUAACGAAACGCUGCAUCCAUUGGAAAGACCAACGGAAACUAGAGUCGAUCUAGAAUUAGACAACUUCAUUGAUUACAACAUACCAGAUGAUAUCCGCAUCGUAUUCCAGAUAAAAGAGUUUAGGGCAGUGGUAAACUUUGCAGUAGAGCUGCAUCUCCCUUUAAGAGCAAGAUUUGAUGGGCCCGGAAGUUCACUAGUACUAUCUGUCGAAAGAGAAGGUGUGAUAAUUGCCGAGUUUGGUAUUACGACCUUUCCACCCACUAUGACUGAACAAGACUAUGCUAAUUCUGCACGAUCAUCAGUGACUUCAUUCAAUGGAAAUAAUUAG